UUUAAUGCAUCUGUACUUCUAUCUGUAGGUAGAGGUUUUAUCGAUACAAUAAGUUAGUAUAAAAUCCGAAUGAUUUCAAACGAUUGGCACAGUUCAAUUCAGUGCCUUCAACGGAUCGGCUAAUUGCAACACAUCAACCAUGAAGAUCGUCAUUCUAUUCGCUCUGUUUGCCUUGGCAAUCGCUCAGGACAGCUAUCCCACCAAGUACGACAACAUCGACGUGGAUGAAAUCCUCAGCUCGGAUCGUCUCUUCAAGAACUACUUCAACUGCCUGAUGGAAGCCGGUCCAUGCACCCCGGAAGGAAACGAGCUGAAGAAGUAUUUGCCAGAUGCCAUCGCCACUGGAUGUUCCAAGUGUAACGAGAAGCAACGGGAAGUCACGGCCAAGGUGGCAAAGUUUUUGAUCGAGCAGCGUCCCAAUGAGUGGAAUUCUCUGCGCGGAAAGUACGAUCCGGAUAACACCUUUGCGGAGAAGUACAAGGAUGAGGCGGCCAAGUUUGGAAUUAAAUUGUAAAGUCUGUAAACAUGUCAUGAGAAAAAGCAGAUUUCAAAUCGAAGGUGUUUGAAUACAUGUCUCUAAAUAAUGAUGAAAUGGUUUUACUGACAAAAAAGCUAAAGUUUGGACUCACUUUCUGUAAAACGUGUAAAUUAUA